UUCGGGCACACUAACGGAAACCUGUUACUUUUGUUUACCCCCUUCUUGUUACGGAAAUUUGAAUCAAUGCCACCGCGAUUGCCGUUCGCUCAAGUCAGAAACUUCUUGUAACUAGGACAAAGAAUUCGAAGGAUGAGCUCCAAACCAAGUGUGUAUGUGACUCGUCCAGAUGUGGACGACAGCGGUCUGGAACUGCUGCGCAAAAGCUGCCAGGUGAGCACUUGGCAAGAGACUUCUCCUGUUCCCCGCUCCGAACUUAUCCGCGAGGUGGCCGGAAAAGAUGCCCUCUACUGCGCCCUAACCGACAAGGUCGACAAGGAGGUCCUGGAUGCUGCCGGUCCCCAGCUGAAGUGCGUGGCCACCAUAUCUGUAGGCUACGACCACAUCGAUGUGGAGGAGUGCAAGAAACGUGGCAUUCGCGUGGGCUUCACUCCGGACGUGCUGACGGAUGCCACAGCGGAACUGACACUUGCCCUCCUCCUGGCCACCAACAGGCGUCUGUUUGAGGCCAACAAGCAGGUCUACAAUGGCGGCUGGAAGUCCUGGGCCCCCAUGUGGAUGUGCGGCCAGGGUCUGAAGGGCUCCCGGGUGGGCCUUCUGGGCUUCGGACGCAUCGGCCAAGAGAUAGCGGCACGCAUUGUACCAUUCAAGCCCGCGGAGAUAACCUACACGACCCGCUCGCCAAGAACCCAGGAAGCGGCGGCUGUCAACGCCCGACCCGUGGACUUUGAUGAGAUGCUCUGCAACUCAGACUUUAUCGUAGCCUGCUGCGCCCUAACACCCCAGACCAAGGAGAUUUUUAAUGCAUCUGCCUUCCAGAAGAUGAAGUCCAACUGCAUCUUUAUCAACACUGCUCGAGGUGGGGUUGUGGAUCAGAAGGCCUUGUACGAUGCCCUGAAAACAAAGCAAAUUCAGGCAGCUGGUCUGGACGUCACGACGCCGGAGCCAUUGCCGCUUGACGACCCCCUCCUUAAACUGGAUAAUGUGGUUAUUCUCCCCCAUAUUGGCAGUGCUGACAUCGAAACACGCAAGGAAAUGUCCCGCAUUACGGCCCGAAAUAUCCUUGCUGGUCUAGCUAACAAGGAAAUGGAAGCCGAAGUAAAACUGUAAAUGCCAAGCAUUCUAUGAACACUUUUCGCCCUAAAAAUGUUUAACAAUAUUAAAAUAAGGCGAUAAGAGAAUAUCGUCUUUACAAAAUAAAAGUAUCAACUAAAAUA